AUGUACUACAUCUUCUUUCAUAUAAAUUUUCUAGUAGUCCAAUUCGCUGGCCAGGUACAUUCUGCAACAACAAUUCCUGAAGUUGUCUUUAUUUGCUUCACACAAACCAAAGAAACUACAGUCGGAUUCUAUGGUUGUCGAUGUGUAGCCCCGGCUGAUUGGGUUAAGGUCAACGUGCAAAAAUCCGCCAAGAGCUAUGAGGUGUACAUUUUGGUUCCCGGGCUUCUGCAUGAAGAGGUGUAUGUUGAGUCUGAUCCGGCAGGACGCUUGGUUAUAUCCGGUGAACCAAAGCAAUCGAAUAAUCCGCGGGGUGUCGCACCCUUUAAAAAGGUUGUCUGCUUGCCUUCCAGAAUUGAUCCCAAUAAGACAUCGUCAUUCUUUAACCUGCUCGGUCAGCCGUUUGUCCGCGCCCCGUUCGAGCCGUCGGAUGUAUAAAGUGUAGUUUUUUUUUUUUUUUUUUUUUGCUUUUCGGUAUAUUAUUAGU